GUUCCACAAGCCAUAGGUUUAUACGGAUCCAACUAAAAAAUUCUAUUCUUAAACGAAUUAUAAAAAUCAUAGUUCAAUCCUACUUAAUUAUAGGCUAGAUGGGAUCAGCCCAGACCUGACUUAAUUGACGACGAAAAACCACCAUCCAAUCAGUGAGUUAGCCAAACAACUCUUCCAUGAAUAUUUAAUACGACAGAUGAGAAAUCUCAAAUCUGAUUGGCUGAAAAUCGUGGAACCCCGUCACAAGCUACACGUAAUCAAAACAGGCGAAAGAUCUGGAACAUUCCCCAAUCCCCGCCAAAUCUGUUAAGACCAACUUCUUAUUCUUCUCCUUGAUUACUGAACUUGAAAUUCUCUACGAUUUCGGAAGAACAAUCGAUCCGACCCGACCAGUUAUAUUUUGGAUCCGAAUAUGAAGACUCGACGAAUUCCGAUCGGCAUUGUACUAUGUGCAUCGCUUUUUGUCCUCCACAUACAAUCCAAAACCGUUGAUCCUUAUAAGGUGCUCAGAGUUGAUAAAAAUGCAAGUCAGCGUGAGAUCCAGAAAGCUUUUCACAAGCUCUCGCUCCAAUACCAUCCAGACAAGAACAAAAAUAAGGGUGCACAAGAGAAAUUUGCUGAGAUUAAUAACGCUUAUGAAAUUCUGUCUGAUGAGGACAAGAGGAGGAAUUAUGACCUAUAUGGAGCUGAGAAGGGAGCUCCUGGAUUUGAUACUGGUGGCGCUGGAGAUCAUGGUGGAUAUACAUACUUCACAAGUGCUGGACCAGGACAAAGUGGGUUUAACUUUGGGCCAGGUGGUAUGGGUGGACAAGGAGGUGCAAAAUCAUUUUCAUUUUCCUUUGGUGGUCCUGGUAGCCAAAGCUCUUCUGGCUUUGGUUUAGAUGAUAUAUUCUUCAACAUGUUUGGGGGUGGAAUGGGAAGUGGGAGUCAAUUUGGCGUCUUUGGCGGCUUUGGCGGUUCAGGCAGGUCUCAGUCUAGAUCCAAGAACUCUGGCAAGAGCAUCCCUUCCAUAAACUCGCAGAUGUAUAAGAAAGAAAUAUCUGAUAAAGGAAUGACUUGGCUCUUACUAUCUCAUACAUCUACAUCAAGAGGUAUCCAAUAUUAUGAAUCUGUUAUUGAAGUGGCAAGCUCACUGGAUGGGGCAAUGAAGGUGGGGAGUAUAAACUGUGAAACUGAUGCAUCUUUCUGCAAGAGUCUUGGCAUAUAUCCUCGCAAUGCGCCAAGAUUGUUUGUGUAUUCAUUAAAACCAAGUAGGAAUGGUGCUUUGGUGGAGUACACUGAUGAUUUCGAUGUGAAGAGGUUGAAAAGGUUUUGCCAUGAGCAUCUUCCAAGAUUCUCAAAGCGAGUAGAUUUGGACCACUUUGAUUUUGUUUCCCAGACCAUAGGAGGUUUACCUAAAGUGAUGCUUCUCUCUACAAAGGAAGAUACUCCAGUUAUUUGGCGUGCUCUUAGUGGCUUGUAUCGAAAUCGUUUUGUCUUCUACGAUGCACAGGUUCGUGAUGUUUCUGAUCCUGCUGUCCGAAGGUUGGGAGUUGACGCUCUUCCUGCCAUUGUUGGCUGGCUAUCCGAUGGGGAGAAGCAGAUUUUCAGAACAGGAAUUUCUGUAAAGAAUCUAAAGUCAGCAAUUCAAGAUCUAAGUGGUGUACUGGACAGUUUUGAAAAGAAAAGUAAGAAGGCUGCUUCAGCACAGAGUAAAAGAGAACAGAGUGAACCAGAAGCUAAGCAAAUACCAGUACUUAUCGGCUCUAAUUUCAAUGAUAUUUGUGGGGAGAAAACUCCUGUUUGUGUGAUUGGUGUUUUCAGGUCAUCUAAAGCAAGGGAUAAGCUAGAAAAAGUUCUAUUAUCAGUCUCUCAAAAAUCAUUAUCAAGACGACAGUAUACAGCCUAUGGCUCAAGAGAUUCAGUUUCCUACGCACUUCUCGAUGCAGCAAGGCAGCAGUCUAUCUUGAAUGAAUUUGACAUAUCAGGAUAUAAAUCAUCAGAAAAGGUCCUCCUUGCGUACAAGCCACGGAAGGGUAAGUUUGCAGUUUUUGAGGGAGAAGUUACUGCUGAAGAUGCAGAGCGUUUCAUUAGCUCCGUUCUCAGUGGGGACGUACAAUUUUCCAACACCAGACAUAACCCUAUAGCAAAGUGAAAAAUACUGAGAUCUGGAAUACACGCAGCACUUCAAGGUUGCUCCUUUAUCUUUGUUCAUUUAGCCCUUCGUCAUGAGCUGGUUCUGCAGAGAAGAGGUUGAUUUAGCGCCAAGUUGAUUAACCGGUGCCAGAGUGGGGUUCUUUUUCUUUGAUAAAAAUGCACGUAAUAGCAGCAUGCGACUGAACUACCAUGUAGCAUGUAACGUUGUGUCGAUGUUUCUAUAGUCUGAUUUCUCAAGUUGGUUGCAAUUUCUCAUGUAUAAUAUAAUCUUAUAAUCAAAUUAGUUAGACUUGCUACCUUGGCCAGGGAUAAAUUAUCAAUAAUUUUAUUUUGAUAGUUGUA